AAAGUAACAAUGGGUCUAUCUCGUUUCCUUCUCCAUGUUACAAUCAAAUGCACAAAGACAUAAUACCCUUACCACUAUGUGGUGUAGGGUAUAAAAAUUAAAAAUUAUGGCGUUUGACUUUGUUGCAGUUUUUUAUCGCACCCUGUAUGUGCGCUAUAGGAAAACGUAGACCUAUCUAGAACCCAUUAUAACAUACAAACACCAUUUUUUUAGACAAAUCCUUGAAAAAUGUGGCAAAAAUCAUACCAAGUUCCGCCACAGAAGCUAGAACCCAAUACUAACUAUAAAUAUCGAUUUCGUGGAAAAUGUGCCAAGAAUCGUCAAAAUACCGAAUAUCGGGUUGUACUGUUAUAUGGGCCUAUACGAAAACGUGGACCUAUACAUACAAGGUUCCGCCAUUGAAGCUAGAACCCAUUAUGACAUACAAAUAAUAAUUUUUAGACAAUUCUGUCCGAUCCGACAAUUCUGAUCAAAAUACCGAAUAUCAGUAGGAACCGUUAUAAGGCGGCUAUACCAAAAUGUGGACUGAUAUAUAAUUUUCAAUGCCAACCAUCCUAGACACAAUACGUAUUGUUGUGUCAAAUUUUGAAGCUCUGCGUCAAAUAAUUUGGACUGUAUCGUGAUUUCAACAGACCGACAUUUUUAAAUCGACUUAGAAUCUUAUGCUGAUCAUGAAUAUAUAUACUUUAUGGGGUCUGCAACGAAUAUUUAGGGAUGUUACAAACGGAAUGACAAAGUUAAUGUACCCUCCUUUUCAAGAGUAUACAAAUAAAGAAUACCAACCAAGGUUGUUGUAAAUGAUUUGGGACACCCUGUAUUUAAAAUAAAAUAAAGAUUCAAGUACUCUUUUAAUGUAGCUUAAAACUAGAAAUACAUAUCUGCCGGCUUUAUAAUAAAUAACCGGUUUAAGAGUCUAGCAGUUACAGCUGUUCUCUAAGCUAUAAAAACAUACAACUACGCAUAUCACGAUCAAAACAAAACUGACAGUAAAUCUGCCGCAAAAAGAAAACUAACUAACAAUUGAGCAUGCGCAACACAUCGUAGCCAAGGCAAUAAAAUGUCUCACUCUCUCCUUAGCACCAAACGCUAUGCAUUUUGCGUUGAAAUAAACAAAUCCCCAAUCUCUCGCUCAGCCUUGUCAUUUCCGCUUUAAACCACCAGCAAGUAGACCUUCAAGCCAGCUAGACACCAUGUCUUGGCUCCGCUAAAGUCAUCGCUCUCAGUUGAGUUUAAGACACCGUUGCGGGAAGAGAUUUUUUGUCGGACAACUUGCGAUUUGCUGACGUUAAUGAAAUUCACACAAUAACACGAUACCGAUGUGAAAUAAAAUACCGAGAAAAAAAUGUGAAAGUGAAAACAUUGUUUUGAAGAAAAUUUUUAGCACGGAAAAUAGUUUUGUAAAUAAAAUAAUGUUCGUUUUUAGGCAAAUAGUUUAAAUUGCAAAUUAAAAUAUAACUUCAAAAUAUAUCUGCAGAAAAUAUUAAAUUUAUAAGUUGAAAAUGUUAAUCAUCAACAAUGGUCCACAUUUCUUUGUCUUGGUCUUGUUGAGUAUUGCGUCACAAGCUAUGGGACAACAUUUAAUUGCAUAUCUAUCACAACAUGGCCUACAUGGCGAAAUAACAUUUCGCCAAGUUAAUAAUAGUCAUGUCGAAAUUAUAUCUGAGCUACAAACCACCCUCCAAUAUCCGGAUCAAGUUUGGAGUUGGUCGGUGCGCAAAUUUCCCAUUGAUUACACCAACACCGAUACCAAUGAGCGUUGUGCCCUUGAUCGGUUGGGUGAACAAGUUCUAACGUUCGACGAUGAUUUGGAAUAUAUUAUAUUGCCUGGUAAUGAAUCGACAACUUGGUUCAAGGAAAUGCAAUUGAUUGGUCCCAAGGGCAUUUGGGGUAAAUCUCUGGUGUUGACGGAAAUUUCGCGCAACGUUCGCGUCUGUGCCACCAUAACGACCAUACAAAUGUCCGUAGAACAUGUAGCCGAGGCACGUUUCAAUACCCCCGUAGCUGGUUCGGUAUAUUUUCGAUGGUUGGCACCCACCGAUGAGGCGGCGGGAGAUACUCUGAUAUAUUCCGAUCUCUAUCACAUACAAUCACAGCCACUCAAUUCGGAUCCUAGUCAGCCGAUGACAAAACAUCGUUGGAAAAUUUUCGUAACAGAUAUUCUGAAAUUUGAUCAUCAUCGUACCGAGGAUAAUUGUAAUUUCUUGCAAUUGGUAUUCGAUCCGGCGGGGGAGGGUGAGGGACGUGGUAUCGGAGAUUUGGAUAGUCGUUUGGGUAAAUUGCGAGUGGCUAAAAAUGCCCUAAGAUCACCACAGCGGGUGGUGUUCCGCGAUGAGAAAUUGGCUCUACUGCCGUCGGAUUUGACGAUACCGCAUCGUACCUUGUACUUGGUAUUGUUCGAGGAUCAACAUCCGGAUAAUUUUCUGGCAUGUACCCAGAUAAGGAGGGUGAAGCCGUUAACAUAUAAGUCUAUUGUAAACCAUGAGGGCAUAAAAGGAGAAAUCACCAUGACCCAGCGCUCCAAAUUCGAUCCCACCUUUUUGAACUUCACCAUGAACACUGUAGCCGAAAAUGCCACCAAUGUGGCAAGGAAAUUUGCCGAAGACGUGGCUGCCUUCAGGAUACAUCAGCUAUCACCGGUACCAUUAAAACUAGGCUUGCCGGGAUAUUGCGAAUCCACUGGCGAAAUGUAUAAUCCUCGAGAAAUUGAAAAGGACCAAAUACCUCCGGCGGGAUUUGGCACUCAAGAUCAGUAUCCGAUUGGGGAUCUAAGUGGCAAACUGCAGAGUCGCAAUAAAAAUUAUUAUCAUCGUUAUUUCCUGCCUGGGACAAGUUCGGAAUUAAAUGGUUUGUACUGGGAUACAUUUUUACCUCUCCAAGGUUUGGAGAGUAUUGCUCAUCGUAGUUUGGUAAUAUUCCAAUACAAUCGGACCCAAUUGGAGAAUAUAACCGAAAUGAUAUGGGACUGUGCCAAUAUCAAUCAGUAUCAGCCGAAUGGGAUUUAUCAGAAACCCAUGUUUACAGCCCAGGUACUUUUCCGCUACCCCAUUGUGGGUAGGGUUCUGUUUCGGCAACCAGCAGAGGAGCCUUGGCAGGAUACCACGGUGAUUUUUGAAUAUCUCAUUCAUGCCGAUGGCUCGACCCAGAAUAACACAUUUGCCCAUCGUUGGGCCAUACACAGCAGUGCACCGGGUAAAGAUUUCUAUGAUUGGCAAAAUCGCUGUCUGUCUGCGGGAGGAAUUUUCAAUCCGCAUAAGGUGGAUUGGGGUAAUCGUUCGGUGGAGGAUUAUUGUAGUGCUCGUCUGCCGGGAAUGUGUCAAGUGGGUGCCCUGGAUACCCGAAUCGGGACCCUAAAUAUUGCAGGCAGCAAACAAAAUGCUCAGCAAAUAAGUCGACGCAUGUUCACCGAUACCAAUUUGCCGCUGUCCGGAAGACAUAAUAUUUUGGGGAAGUCACUAGUGCUCUAUGAUGAUUUCGGGCCUCAGGCGAGAGGAGAAAGAUUGGCAUGCUCCAUAAUUAUAGGUCAUUAUCGCCGCAAGGUGGUGGCCAAGGAAUGGUAUGCCAAUGGAGAUGAAGUCAAUGUGAUUGGUAAAGUUGAGGUCACUCAGCAGUCGGAAUAUGACAUUAGCAAUAUUGAGGUUCAGCUUAAGGGUCUCAAUGAAAACAGUGGUUAUCACAUACAUAUGACCCCCGUUGAAGACAAUCUGGCCUUUCCGUGUGAAGAAACAACACUCUACGGCCAUUUCAAUCCAUUCCAAGUAAAUCCCAAGCAUUCACCCCCACCUCGCCAUGGCAGCACAGAACAAUAUGAAAUGGGUGAUUUAAGUGGUAAAUUUGGAACGCUGGACAAACUUACCCAGUAUGAGGGAUAUUUUAACGAUACCCAGCUACCAUUGUUCGGCAUAAAUAGUAUCAUUGGUCGGUCGGUAGUUAUCCACAAGAAACGACGUAAUGCCCGCUGGGCCUGCAGUACUCUAGAACGAGGCUAUUCACCCAGUGAGGCAAGAGAAAUUAGAGCAAUUGCCUCAUUUCAUCAUCCCACCGGCUAUGCAUAUGGUUAUGUAAAAAUGACCCAAUUGAUACACAACGAUGGUAGCCAAUCGGAUACGGUUUUGGAGGUGAAGUUACGACAUCCCGGUAAAAAUGAUCGAAAUGUGACGCGUAAUCAUAAUUGGCAGAUUUUCGUCAAUCCCGUUGGUGUUGAUGCUGCCGUUAAGCCAACAAUUACGAGAUGUGUAGCUGGUGGUUAUGUUUGGAAUCCGUACUUUACACAAUUAGCAGAUCCAUUGAAUCGAGAUUUAUAUGAACGUGAAUGUGGUCCUGAUAAUCCUUUGCGCUGCUACGUGGGUGAUGUUGGGGCCAGACUGGGACCCAUAGAUCUUGGAGCUGAACGUAAAGUUUUUACAGACCCCAAUUUUCCCCUGGAAGGUCCGGUGGGUGCCAUUGGUCGUUCGUUGGUGAUAUUUGCACCCGAUUUCUCGGGAGAACGAUUUGCCUGUGCAAACAUUGAACCCGAUCACAAUGUCAUCAAAUAUAUAAAUCUGCAAAAACCUCCAAGAUUUGUGGUGGCCCAAUUUCUGGAAGAAUUACGCUCGGUUAUGGGAAUACCCGAAUGGAUGCUGGAUGUAGAUGCGCGCAAAACUAAAGAGUUACAUGGUGGUUCUUGCAUUCAAAUGAUUAUACAUUUCAAGGGCCCGAUUGCUCAUCGUCUGGAGUUAGAUAUGUCGCGGCUUAUUGCCGCUGGGCGUUUGGAUGCUCCUAGCUUGUAUAUACCCGGUUAUGUAAAUACAAAACGUAAAGCUACAAUCUCGUAUAGAACAUGUGGGGUACGGGAUCGUAAUGAACGUAAUAAAUCUCAUAAGGGUGGUUCCUCGGAUUCCAUACAGAAUGAACAUAAUUUAAUACUGUUAAUAUUACUUAGUGUAUAUUCAUUAAGAGCGUAUCUGUUUUAAGUUGUAAUCAAACUAGAUAUUUUGAAGUGUAAUCAAGUUUUUUGUACAUAUAAGCAAGUUAGAAAUUUUCAAAGCGACUCUUUAUAUAACCAACCAAAUGUAACUGAAAAGUACUGUUAUUUUGACAGAAUUUCGGCAUGAAAAUAUUGAUUUAUUACCAGAAUGUAUUAAAAAUUCACGAUUUCCUGUCAGUAGUUCCGUUAGUAACUCUUUCCAAAAAAUCCAAAUAUUCUUAAAAAAAAACAGGGCAUCAGGAGUACAU